AUGACAGGCAUGGCACAACUACAACAUAGAAAUUUGCUGCAACUACAGCAUAGGAAGCAGGAUGAACUCCUCAUUGUUUACAACUAUCUACCUAAUGGAAGCAUUGACAAGCUUCUGUUCGAAAAUGAUCAUCAAAAGAAGAAAUUACUAACUUGGGAUUAUAAGAUUAUUACUGGAAUUGCCCAAGGGCCGCUGUAUCUCCAAGAAGAAUGCGAGCUGCAGGUUGUUGACAGAGAUGUAAAGGCAAACAAUGUUCUGAUAGAUGCAAAUCUCCAACCAAAGCUUGGUAAUUUUGGUCUUGCAAGGACUUACGAGCAUGGAAUCCAUCCACAGAUAAUAAGCGUUGUGAAACACUAG